GCAAAAUGGAGCUCGGCGUGCGGCUUCGUAGCUGCCAGCCGCCUCCGAACACCAGCCAACCGCCGCCUACAGCGAUCAGCUUCGGAACCUGGCCGCGCUCCAGCCACCUCGCCGUUCUCCGUGGCCGGCCGUGUCCGCGUCCCCGCCGCGCCAGGGCUCCGCGGGUCGCUGCCCCGGACUCCCGCCCCCUCGAGACCAUCCGCGCCGACAGCGUCGGUCAGGGCACGAAGCUGAGGGGGGACAAGUUCUUCCCUGUGGAGAUGACGGUGCGCGACUGCGAGCUUGACCACUACGGGGUCGUCAACAACGCUGUCUACGCCGACUACAUCGAAAAAGCUCGGGAAGAGGUGGCUUCCAGCCUUGGCAUCAGCAGGUGCUCGAUCGCGAGCACGGGCAACGCCAUGGCAGUCUCCGACCUGAAGCUCAACUACCUCGCGCCUCUCAAGCGCGGCGCCAGGUUCGUCGUUAUGGUGAGGGUCGAGAUCAAGGGCGCGCGGAUGCUCGUCGAGCACUUCAUCGAGACGCUGCCGGAACGCAAGCUGGUCCUGGAGGCGACGGCCACCGUGGUGUGCCUGAACAAGCACUACCGCCCGACGCGCGUGUUCCCGGAGGUGGCGUCGAAGGUGCUGCGCUUCUUCUCGUCCUAGCUACGAUACAUACCAAGGACUGAUGCCAACCGAUCGACGCCGUAGUAGAUAUGCGUGAUCUCGUACUUUCUGUACGUACUACGUGCUCUCGACGAGCGAUCCCCGCCCAGUGUAUAGUAGAAGCCUGGAAGGCUCUGUUUAAUCGAUGUGGAGUCAUAAGAGAUCACCAGCAAAAGAACCGUCA